AUGCGUUUCUAUUCACGCUUCGAUUAUCACCCUUAUUGCGAGGCUUUCACAGCGUUGGCAGGGUUUUUUUUUUCUGCUAUGAAAAUUGUUCCCUCGUACGAUUUUAUCCCGCGUACGCGAAGUGAUUUGUCGAAAUUGAAGGUGACGUGCUUAUCGAUCGUGGGUCUGUGUUCGUUGGGGUUUCUCGGAUUAAAGGCUUUCAGUACGACCGGCGGUGGUGAAAACGGACCAAGUAUGACGGAAUUGAUAAGCGUGGAAUUCGAGGUUUACGGGAGAGUCCAGGGCGUGUUUUUCCGGAAGCAUACCCAAUCCAAAGGAAAGCAGUUGGGAUUGACGGGAUGGUGCCGGAAUACGAGAACCGGAACAGUGGAAGGAGUCAUGGAAGGACCGCGAGGGAAAGUCGAUCAAAUGUUGGUGUUUAUGCUGAAUAAUGUCGAGAAAAUCCGAUGAUGAAUC